AUGUCCAGCUCGUCGAACGGCCGAGAUUCAUCCCAAGAGCCGUCUGCAAGUCAACAAGCUUCGACAUCAUCAACAACAAGUACACCCAUCCAGAUCAUCAACUCACCACCGAUGGACGAAGGAGAUGAUGAUGACUAUGCCUUUUCUGUUGUGAGCCGUCACGGAAGUAUCAGUGAGAACAACAAACUUGAUUCUCCAACUAAUUUUCAAAACACCUCCCAAGAUCAAGCCUUUCUAACAACAACAAGAAAUCCUGAAACAAUACGAGAGGAUGAUGAAGAGGCCGCAGCCUUCUCACAAAUUAUUUAUAACGAAGAAGAUAGCACUGCCACGAGUGAGGAUCCAUACGCAGUGAACGGAGCUAUAAAACCCGAAUUGAAUGAUGAGGAAAAGGACUUACAAACAGGUGUCUCUCGUUCCGAAGGAUUAUCCGAGUCAUCAUCAACAACGGAUGCUGUUGAGGAUGAGAACAAUGAUGAAGGAAGUAACUAUAAAACCUCAUCACCAAAAACUCCGUUUUCAAAGAAUGAAUUGAUUAGCAUGGAGAGCAGUAAUAGCUCAUCACCAGCUAGUGUGGAUUUCCCCAUUUCAUCAAUUAUAAUCAACAAUUCAAAAUAUUCAGACAGCAAUGCAAACAUUACAAUCAUUCGGGAGGAAAAACCAAAAUAUAUGAAACAUUCAGACGAAGAUCAAACACAAGAAAGAUGGAAACAGCACCAAAAACACAUUUUCAUAUUGAGCGAGGCAGGUAAACCAAUAUUUUCUAGGUAUGGAGAUGAAAAUCAAUUGAAUACCAUCAUGAGUUUUUUCUUGGGAAUAGUUUCAAUUGUUUCAAAGGAAGGAGGAACUGUGAGAACUGUGAAUUGUGGGAAAUUGAGAUUUAUUUAUGUUUUGAAAGGGUCAUUAUACUUAGUUUCAGCCUGUCGAACCUCAGAGUCCAAUAAGGAGAUUGCUAAACAGCUCGAAACAAUUUACGAACAACUCGUAUUCAUUCUCACAUCGAAAAACAUUCAAGACAUUUUACAAAAACGCUCCAAUUUCGACCUUAGAAAUUUAUUGGGCGGUACAGACAAAAUUAUUUACUCUCUCAUUAAUCGAAUGAGUAAUUCUUUUGAUUUUUCUUUUGAUACUACUCAUGUAUUGAGGCUACCGAAAUCACUACGAGGUCAGAUUGGUGAUAUUAUGAUGAAGAAUAGAGUACAGACCAAACUCAUGUUUUCUCUCAUGAUUUGUGAUAAUAUGCUUAUUCACAUGAUUAGAAAUAAGAAGUAUAACAUGCAAACCAAAGAUUUAUUAUUGCUAAUGAAUUUUGUAGGAUCAGCACACUCGUCCAUGAAAAGUAGUGAAACAUGGACGCCAAUUUGUUUACCAGGUCUUUCAGAAACACAAUAUGUGUACGGAUAUAUUUAUUAUUUUACGGAGAAUUGGUGCUAUGUCAUGAUAUGCACAAGCACAGAGUCAUUCUUCGAUUGUCAAGAGUCUCAAACGCACACUGUACAAGAUUUAUUACAAACAGAAUGUUUUCCCACAGUAGUUAAUGCAUCCAAGUCACCCUAUCCGACACUUCCAGAAAUAUUUAAUCAAAAAUCUCCUCUUUUGCAAUCACCACCUGUAACCAUCGAUGAUCCGUCACUUCCUCAAUCCUAUGUCCGUCACUUCUCUUGCAGAAUUAAGAGUACUGGACAAUCAUUUAGCCAAACCAUUUCUUCCAAAUUCGCUCCUCCUUAUCACACCAAGAAAGAACGCAAAAGACUUUUGAGAUUGUACAAAUUGACAAGAGAAAAGCUCGAAGAAAUACCACAAAAAAGCAUUGGCUCUCAAGUAAGGACAUAUGUCGGAACCACACCAUAUGAAUCUAUAAUGGGCUUAUGGUCUGGAAAUCUUGAAAUUUAUGCUUCGUUUUCUCUUCUAACCUCCAAAACUGACAUGCUCAAUGCCUGUGAAGUCAUCAAAGCAUGGGUCAAGAAAGAAGAGAACUCACUAUUUAUCCCCAACAUUCAGACAUUCUAA